GAGGAAGAGAUUAUAGAGAACUUCCUAUUUAAGAAAGCCCGACCCAAGGAUGGGAAAUGGACUAUGUACAAAAAGAACCUCGUAGAGCUUUACAAGUUGCAGGAUAACAAGUACUCCAUCAAGGACCUUGAAACGAUGACUCAAGAUGAGGAUGAGAGCGUACGGGCCUUUGGGAUGCGCUUCCAGAAGAUAUCCGACGUGCUGAUGAAGAAGGGGAAGAUCUCAGAGGUCGAACGUUGUACUAUCUUCAUCGGACACCUGUCCAAAGGUAGACAAAAGAGUAUACUUAGAGAUCUUCCGCGCGACAAACUUGACUUCCCAGAAGUCCUAAAGCUCGCGAUAAAGGCAGAGGCAGACGACUACAAGGACUUAGUGUGGAGAGGGAUGAGGAGACGUGACUUCUCUCUCUACAAGGAGUAUGCCACAGAUAGAUGCCCUGAUUUCAAGGACCACCCUUGGUCGGAGAAGAGUGAAGCCGUGACCGAGGAAGUGAAGGAGAUAAGGGACAUGGUAAAGGGACUGACAAGACAGGUUACAGAGAUUGUGACAAGCACAGGAGCCACGACUUACCGGGACAAACCCGGAGGGCCCUAUUCACUUCGCUGGGAUCGGACGAACACUGAUUCUUGGAGGAGUGUCGAGGACAGAAAUCCUCGCACGCUGACUGAUUAUCGUACGAGGGAAAGGGAGAGAGACGAUGAGCCAUGGCGACGUAGGGAUGACGAGAUAGACCUGGACCGCAGAGCUCGCGAGACGUAUGGGCGAGUUAGGAGGCUGGAUGAUUACUCGCGUAGCCCUCGUUAUGAGGCCGAUCGGUGCAGAGGCGACUCUAGAGGCCGGUGGGAGUCAGAUCAGGGCCGACGAGACGGAUACAGGGACUGCAGAUAUGAGAGAUCAGACCGAGAUGGAUAUAGGGACGGAAGAUAUGAGAGGACGGAUCGAGAUGGCUACGGAGGUGGCGGAUAUGAGAGAGGACGUCGAGACGUGGACCGACGAGACGACUCGGGUGGAUGGUAUGACCGUGGGGGAUACGCGAGAGAGCGGCGCGACGAUUCGCGGGGGUGGUACAGCCGAGGAGAUCGGCGCGGUGAGACACGCGGGCGAUACGACGCUGGGGACCGCCGAAACGAUUCAAAGGGACGAUAUGAGUCAGGAGGAUCUGGGGAAGACCGCCGCAACGAUUCGCGCGGUCGGAAUGAGAGAAGGGGAUAUGGCGCCUCAUCAGAGCCGUAUCCCAAGUCGCCUGACCCCAGAGCAGCGAGAGGUACGACCUCCAGAGGCACGGACGACAGGCCACCCAACCCUAGGAACUUUUGCGUCUUCUGUAGAGGGGAUGAUCACAUCAAGAGAGAUUGCCCGGACCUCAAACGGGCAAUAGAUGAGGGGUUUGUCGUGCUUGACGACCGCAAGUACGUCAAGUGGGCAGAUGAUCUGGGAGAUGUAUCGAUGUUCCCUUCGAUGAAGGAGAAUGUCGAAGCAAGGAGAGUAAAGCCGAGUAAAGGAAAGGAACCGGUCAGGAGUAAGAGCAUCAAGAUAACUUUUGAGGGGGAUAUGGCGACCACACCCAUAAGGGUGGCAGCCACCAAGUCCGCGAGAGGAUCUACAUCGAAGAAAACUGACACGAAUUACGUGAUGGCGGAGAAGGACGGUGGACAGCGGAUCGAUGAAGAGGAGGUUAUUCUUUCGCCGCGAAAGCGGGGAGUAAAGAAGUUCUUGAUGAAGAGUUCGCUGGAUGAGAUUGACACGGUCGAGCCACUGAGACGGGCCCUUCGGCAACCCAUGCAGUGCUCUAUUCUGGAGUAUCUGGCGGCAUCGAAGCCAACUCGCGAUGAGUUACAGAUGAUCACACGAAAGACUCGCAUACCUCUAUCAGAGGAGGCUCAGGGGGCCCCUAAGGUGCCACCAGACAAGUUUUACAUACUUGGUAGUGGGGCCGUGGAGGCGAUCAUAAACGAUGGAGCGGUACUAGAUGCUGUGAUCGAUAACGGCAUUGAGGCUGUCAUUAUAGAUGAGGAUCUGGCAGUACAGGUUGGACUGAGCCUCGAUAAGUCAUACCUAUUCAAGAUAGAGACUGUUGAUUGGAGGAAACAACAGAUCACUGGGGUUUGUCACAAGGCAGCCAUAGAGGUCAAAGGGGUACGAGUGACCCUGCCUGUCUUUGCAGUCAAGAACUGCAGCUCCGAUCUGCUUUUGGGACGAACGUGGUUGAGCCACGUGCAUGCGGUGACGAUAGAACGACCAGAUGGAAGCCAGACGUUGUCCAUUAAGAAGCUAGAUGAGACGCGGAUUAUGAUUGAGACGGUGGAGUCUCGGGACCCAAGGAAUAGAGCAGCUCUCGCGGUGGGAGCAAGACCCAGUGAUCAGAUUCAGUUAUUACCUAUCUCUGGCCGCGCGGUGCGAUUUCGCGAGAAGAAGUAUGGACCACUGCUCACAGAGGAAGAAGAUCGGAUCGUGGAAGUGGAAGAUUUAGGGGGUCGGCUGAUAGUGGACGGCAACUCGUACCCAAAGGAGACAGAUGAGGAAUUUGGCGGGGUGGUAUCUGUGUCUUUUUUAAGGGCACGGCCCCCUAUGGGGGGCUACCCAAGCGACACAAGCGAGUAGCUCAAAAAGUUAAGCCAGUGACAGUGGGCCGUGAGCGAUCUCCACUGGAAGGGAUAUCGGAAGAAAAGAUCG